GGGGAGGCGGCGGCGGCCAUUUUGAGUUGCCGCCGCCAUUGGAGUGGGGCCCCCCCCUUUUCCCCCUUUGCCUCCUGACAGUAAAGGUUUAAGGGGGACAGGGCCCUGGGAGGCCGGGCCGGGCUCGGGGGGCCCCCAGGGGCCCGGGCCAUGGAUGUGCGCCGUCUGAAGGUGAACGAACUUCGAGAGGAGCUGCAGCGCCGCGGCCUGGACACUCGCGGCCUCAAGGCCGAGCUUGCUGAGCGGCUGCAGGAGACGCUGGAGGCCGAAGAGCCCAAACAGGGGCGACCCGGGCACAACAGCGAGGAGGUCGAGACCGAGGGGGGCUCCGAGCUGGAGGGGACCUCGCAGCCACCGCCGCCGGGGCUGCAGCCGCACCCGGAGCCUGGCGGCUACUCGGGGCCGGACGGACACUAUGUCAUGGACAAUAUUACCAGACAGAACCAAUUCUAUGAGACCCAGGUCAUCAAGCAAGAGAACGAGUCAGGCUAUGAGAGGAGACCUUUGGAAAUGGAGCAGCAGCAGGCCUAUCGCCCAGUGGAAGUGAAGACAGAGAUGAAGCAGGAAGGACCCCCCAGCUUCCUCCCGCCUGAAGCAUCUCAGCUCAAGCCAGACAGACAGCAAUUCCAGAGUCGCAAGAGGCCUUAUGAAGAAAACCGGGGAAGGGGGUACUUCGAGCACCGAGAGGAUAGGAGGGGUCGCUCUCCUCAGCCUCCCGCCGAAGAGGAUGAAGAUGAUUUUGAUGAUACUCUUGUUGCCAUCGACACGUAUAACUGUGACCUCCACUUCAAGGUGGCCCGAGACCGGAGUAGUGGCUACCCACUCACAAUUGAGGGCUUCGCAUACCUGUGGUCUGGAGCCCGUGCCAGCUAUGGGGUCAGAAGGGGCCGUGUGUGCUUCGAGAUGAAGAUCAAUGAGGAAAUCUCCGUGAAACACCUUCCAUCUACGGAGCCUGACCCACACGUUGUCCGUAUCGGCUGGUCCCUUGAUUCCUGCAGCACCCAACUAGGUGAAGAGCCUUUCUCUUAUGGCUAUGGAGGCACUGGGAAGAAGUCCACCAAUAGCCGGUUUGAAAACUACGGAGACAAGUUUGCAGAGAAUGAUGUGAUUGGCUGCUUUGCGGACUUCGAAUGUGGAAAUGAUGUGGAACUUUCCUUUACCAAGAAUGGGAAGUGGAUGGGCAUUGCUUUCCGAAUUCAGAAGGAAGCCUUGGGGGGUCAGGCCCUCUACCCUCAUGUUCUGGUGAAGAAUUGUGCAGUGGAGUUCAACUUCGGGCAGAGGGCUGAGCCCUACUGUUCUGUCCUUCCUGGCUUUACCUUCAUCCAGCACCUUCCACUGAGUGAGCGAAUCCGGGGCACUGUUGGACCAAAGACCAAGUCAGAGUGUGAGAUUCUGAUGAUGGUGGGCCUGCCCGCUGCUGGGAAGACCACAUGGGCCAUCAAACAUGCAGCCUCCAACCCCUCCAAGAAGUACAACAUUCUGGGUACCAAUGCCAUCAUGGAUAAGAUGCGGGUGAUGGGCCUACGCCGACAGCGGAACUACGCUGGCCGCUGGGAUGUCCUGAUCCAGCAGGCCACCCAGUGCCUCAAUCGCCUCAUCCAGAUCGCUGCCCGCAAGAAACGCAACUAUAUCCUAGACCAGACAAAUGUUUAUGGGUCAGCUCAGAGACGAAAAAUGAGACCAUUUGAAGGCUUCCAGCGCAAAGCUAUUGUCAUUUGUCCCACUGAUGAGGACCUAAAAGACAGAACAAUAAAGCGAACCGACGAGGAAGGCAAAGAUGUCCCAGAUCAUGCAGUCUUGGAAAUGAAAGCCAACUUCACAUUGCCAGACGUUGGGGACUUCCUAGAUGAGGUGCUGUUCAUUGAGCUGCAGCGGGAGGAAGCAGACAAGCUGGUGAGGCAAUACAAUGAGGAGGGUCGCAAGGCCGGGCCACCCCCUGAAAAGCGCUUUGACAACCGAGGCGGCGGUGGCUUCCGGGGCCGUGGCGGUGGUGGCGGUUUCCAGCGCUACGACAACCGAGGUCCCCCUGGGGGCAACCGAGGAGGCUUCCAGAACCGAGGAGGAGGCAGUGGUGGAGGAAGCAACUACCGAGGAGGUUUCAACCGUAGCGGAGGUGGUGGCUACAACCAGAACCGCUGGGGUAACAAUAGCCGGGAUAACAACAACUCCAACAACCGAGGCAGCUACAACCGAGCUCCCCAGCAGCAACCACCCCCUCAGCAGCCGCCGCCGCCACAGCCGCCGCCACAGCAGCCACCGCCGCCACCCAGCUACAGCCCUGCUCGGAACCCACCAGGGGCCGGCAGCUACAGCAAGAACAGCAACAUGCCUGGCUCGAGUGCCAGUACCAGCACCCCCACUGUCAGCAGCUACAGCCCUCCACAGCCGAGUUACAGCCAGCCACCCUACAACCAGGGAGGUUACAGCCAGGGCUAUACAGCCCCACCACCUCCACCUCCACCACCACCUGCCUACAACUAUGGGAGCUACGGCGCCUACACCCCAGCUCCAUAUACCCCGCCGCCGCCCCCAGCCGCACAGACCUACCCUCAGCCCAGCUAUAACCAGUAUCAGCAGUAUGCUCAGCAGUGGAACCAGUACUAUCAGAACCAGGGCCAGUGGCCACCAUACUACGGGAACUACGACUACGGGAGCUACACCGGGAACACACAGGGGGGCACGAGCACGCAGUAGCAGUGUGACCCGGAGGCCCCUGCCGGCUUCCUCCACCAGCGCCCACCUCGGUCCCUUGUCUGCCCCACAGAGUCCUGUGGUGCUGGGGGACAGGUCAUCCCAGGGCUGCCUCCCUCUAGCCCGUGCCUCCCUUCUGAGGGACCUCUUCCCCUAUAGGGCUGGGCAUUUUUCUCUUGAUUCAAACAGGCAACAGUGACCUUUUAUUUUUUCUUCCUCUCCCCACCUCCUCCCUCUUCCUCCUCUUUUUCCCUUCCUCCUUUUUGACUAAAGACACCCCUCCCCUCCCUUGGUCAUACAGUGAGGCUGCAGUGACUGAGGACGACCCCUUGCUGUCCGCUGUCCCAGCCCUCCUCCAGCCCCUCAGCUUCCCAGACCCUCAUGCAGUUGGUUGUAAAUUCUUCCAGGAGCUGUUUUACUGUCUACUUUUCAGGAUUAAAACAAAAAAAUCAAAAACUUAAAAAAAAAAAUUUAAAAAGCAAGCGUGGAGGGAGGAAGCAGUGACAUAUUUUUUUGGUAAUUAUGCUUUUUUUAAUUUUUAGAAUUUGUCUGUUUUUACUGUGGGUCGGCUGUUGAUAUUUCAUCAGGAUAACCAUUUCUUUGCUGAGUUCAGGCAACCAACAAAGAGCCACACCCUCAAAACAAAACCACAAAAUCAUCUUUAACCUAACUUUUUAUACGAUGUCUCAGUUUCCCUUACAUAACUUUGCACACAAGCUUCUGUGUUGAGUUGAAUUGUAACUGCUUUUUGUAUUUGGAGAGAGUGUGACUAUUGAACUUGAAACCUUUUAUUCCAGGCGUCUUGGUAGUUUCUGGUGGGAGUAAGCGAGCGAGAGGGAAGAAGGGGAGGCGGGGGGAGGGGGCUCCUUCCCUUUAGAAUAUGAAAUUUUUCCCACUGCCUCCUCCCCAGAAAUCUCCCAGGUGCCAGACCUAAAUGUUUUUCCUACAGUGAUCCUCUUGAUUAUUUUUACUUCCCCUUGACCCAUAUGUUUUAACAGGAUUUUAACAAACUGCACUUAUUAAGAAAUGUGUUUGCCCUGUUUUGUUUUGUUUUCUUUCAAUAAAUGACAUGGCACCUCCCAGCAAGAAGGAAGAAGGGUUGAAACACUGAACUGUUACUGCAGUUGGCCUUUAAUUGGGGUGGGGGUCUUAUGAA